AUUUAACAUAGUUCCGUGCUUUUAAUUUAAUUUUAAUAUGUUUUUAAGAGUUUUUAAUUAGUGAAAAGUGCCUUAAAAUAUUAAUAAAUGUCUUAUUAAACGAUUGUCAUAGUUUAAUCAACAUAAGGCACAAUACCAUAGUUUAUAUACAGCAAGAAAGAAAAGUACAUAACAUAAUCUAUAGAUAGAGAAGUGUGAAAAUUCUGUUUUGCUUUUUUCCUCCUGCAUAAUAUUCAAUACUAAAAUCUGAACUUGACACUCGAUCAUAUUAAGUACAAAAACGAGAGAAAGAAAAAAAAAAUAAUAAAUAAAUAGCAGGAAAAGAGUUAAUUCUGAUUUGUGAAAAAAAAGUUUCAUUGAUAAUAAAUAUUAACAAAGAACAAAUAUAAUAAAAAUAAUAAAGAAAAAGUCAUGACGACGAGAAAGAAGAAUAAAGGCCAGCAAAAGGAAGGCGGUGGAUUUAUCAAAAAGGUUUCAUCAUUAUUUAAUUUAGAUACGGCAUCAGCAACGGAUGCAAAAGUCAAUGGAGAUGAUCAAUGGAUGCAUGAGGAAAUUGCAUUAUCUCGAGGCUCCAGUGGUUUAGGUUUCAGCAUAGCCGGUGGGACUGAUAAUCCACAUAUUGGAACAGACACAUCAAUUUAUAUCACAAAAAUAAUUCCCGGUGGUGCAGCUUAUGCCGAUGGAAGAGUUCAUGUCAAUGAUAUUAUUGUCUCAGUUAAUGAUGUUUCUGUUGUUGAUGUUUCACAUGCGAUGGCCGUCGAGGCACUCAAAAGUGCUGGAGAGAGAGUUAAAUUAAAUGUAAAAAGAAAACGUCCAGCUUCAGUUGCACAAGUGUUGGAGUUAGAACUUGUGAAGGGUGACAAAGGCUUAGGGUUCAGUAUAGCCGGUGGCAUAGGAAAUCAACAUAUUCCAGGCGAUAAUGGAAUUUAUGUUACGAAAAUUAUGGAAGGUGGAGCAGCUCAUGUGGAUGGACGACUUAGUAUCGGCGAUAAAUUGCUCAAUGUAAAAACAAAAACAAUGAAUAAAAAUUUAGAAAAUGUGUCACACGAAGAUGCAGUCACAACAUUAAAAGCUAUAACCGAUCGCGUCGUAUUGACUAUAUCGAAAGCUCAACACAUAGUUCACAGUACAUCAUAUCUUAAUCAAACCAAUUCACAGUCAAUGAAUGCAAUGAACAAUAUUGGAAAUGAUCUUGGUGAUGGCAGGACACACUCACCUUUACCAAUUUUAGAGAAUUCUUCGCGUCACGCAUCAUCACAAAAUGCACUGGCAACGCCGCGUGCUGUUAGUCAUGAAGAUAUAACAAGAGAGCCAAGAACGAUUAUAAUAAAUAAAGGAUCGACAGCAACAGGCCAACAAAAAGGCUUAGGUUUUAAUAUUGUCGGUGGAGAGGAUGGCCAGGUAGGAAUCUACGUAUCAUUCAUACUUGCUGGUGGACCAGCCGAUGCUGGUGGUGAAUUAAAGCGCGGUGAUCAAUUGUUAACUGUUAAUGGUAUUAAUUUGAGGACUGCAACACAUGAAGAGGCAGCAGCAGCACUUAAAAGCAGCGGUGAUACAGUCACACUUGUGGCACAAUAUCGACCCGAAGAUUAUAAUCGAUUUGAGGCACGAAUUCAUGAGUUGAAGCAACAGGCAGCGGCGGCAGUUCAAGGAACUGGAACGCUCUUGAGAACAUCUCAGAAACGUUCACUCUAUGUACGAGCAUUAUUUGAUUACGAUCCAAAUAGAGAUGAUGGAUUACCCACUCGUGGCUUACCAUUUAAACAUGGCGAUAUAUUACAUGUCACAAAUGCAUCUGACGACGAGUGGUGGCAAGCAAGAAGAGUAAUUGGUGAUGGUGAGGAAGACAGUAUCGGUGUUGUGCCAUCAAAACGACGUUGGGAGAGAAAACAAAGGGCGAGAGACAGAAGUGUUAAAUUUCAAGGAUAUCAAGCACCUGUCAAUGCUUCUGAAAAAACAUCAACAUUGGAUCGUAAGAAGAAAAACUUUUCAUUUAGUCGAAGAUUUCCGUUCAUGAAGAGUCGUGAAGAUGGCAAGAAUGAAGAUGGUUCAGAUCAAGAACAUAAUGGAAAUGGCAUUGACCAUAAUAUUCAUACAAAUGGUCAUCACGACACUGAACAGCCUUUUAUGCUAUGCUACACACAAGACGAUGCCAAUAAUGCUGAAGUAUCAGAAGAGAAUGUUUUGUCAUACGAGUCAGUUCAAAGAUUACAAAUCAGUUACACGCGUCCUGUAAUCAUUUUGGGACCGCUCAAAGAUCGUAUUAAUGAUGAUUUAAUAUCUGAAUUUCCUGACAAAUUUGGAAGUUGUGUACCACACACCACAAGACCCAAGCGUGAUUAUGAAGUUGAUGGUCGCGAUUAUCAUUUCGUAGCAUCACGAGAACAAAUGGAACGUGAUAUACAGAAUCAUUUGUUUAUUGAAGCUGGACAGUAUAAUGACAAUCUUUAUGGCACAUCUGUUGCUAGCGUUCGGGAGGUUGCUGAGAAGCAAGGAAAGCACUGCAUUUUAGAUGUGUCUGGAAACGCAAUUAAACGACUUCAAGUAGCUCAACUGUAUCCAGUCGCAAUUUUCAUUAAGCCAAAAUCCAUUGAGUCCAUUAUGGAAAUGAAUCGCAGAAUGACAGACGAGCAAGCAAAGAAGACAUAUGAGCGAGCACUCAAGAUGGAGCACGAGUUUGGAGAAUAUUUUACAGCUGUUAUUCAAGGCGAUACAAUUGAAGAAAUUUACAGCAAAUCAAAACAAGCAAUUUGGUCGCAAUCAGGAAAGGAAAUUUGGGUUCCAUCGAAAGAAUCUCUAUGACAGCCAGGAACCACAACAUGGACAUUACCACCGCGUUUUCAUGGACCGCGACCGGUCUCGAGAAAUCAACAAUAUCAUUAAAGAAGAAUAAAUACACUUUUUUAAUUACAAAAAAAAAUCUACUUACAUUUAAUUUCUAUAACAAGCAAAAAAAAGUUUUCUUAUCUCUCGUCAUACAUAAAAUAUAAUUGUCAUGGUUACGGUUAAUGAAAGUCACAUAAUUUCUCAUUAGUACGCGAAAUGAAAAAGUCCAUCCAAAAUCCAUCAAAUUUACUUUUUUAAAAAUGAAAAUUUGAAAACACUUUAAUAUUAUUUUAUUUCAAACGUGUAAAGAAAAUCAAUUUUUAAAGAUUUAUGGUAUUUCAUUCUUCCAAAUAAAAUUAUAUGUACUCGAAUUCUCACAAAACUUACCCAUAAACACAUCCUUAACAUCCAUUAUUUUCUUCAAUUAUUAAAAUGAAAUGAAACUACUUAAAGACUAUGAUUG